ACCUCCCAUUCUGCAUGCAAUCGCAGAUAUAAACUUAAAAUUGGCAUUCCCUCGCCAUUCCCUCCUUCAUGCACGUGGAUGCUCUCACGCUCCACUAAGCGGCUCAGCUUCAUCUCCUUGUUACUCUCAGUCUCCUGGCAUUCGCCAGUCUACAAAAGGUUCGGUUACUGCUGCUGCCGGGUUGUAUUCGUUGCAGUCGUUUGAUCUAAGCUGAAGCGUGGUUGUAGGCACCAGCUUGUGUCCGACUUGCACUAAGGCUUAGUCGGUAGUUCAGAUUGGGGCGUAGUUCUCUCAGCAGCAGCUGGAGUGUAAUGGUCGAGAUAUCACUACAUGUGGGUUAGCUUGGUUUUGAGUAAUUCUCGCCACCUGGUCGCAUGCACGUUGGUGAACAGUAUUUGCAAGGUGAUGCAGAUAGAAAGACACUUGUUGAAUAUACUUGUAGCACGGUGAUCGAUCGGUAGUGUAACUGUGGGCGGUAACGUGAGUGCACUGGAGUUCGUUUUGACGAAGGUUUAAGGUUGAAGUGGUUGAAGUUCUGUUGUGAGGGAGGUUGCGAUGGGUGCUCGAGCAAUGGAGGGUCAUAAGUCUGGGACGAAGAAGGCGAAGAAGCCAACGGAAGGGAAGUACAGGGGGGUGAGGCGUCGUCCAUGGGGGCGGUAUGCUGCCGAAAUCAGAGACCCUCACACUAGAGAGAGGAGGUGGUUGGGUACUUUCGACACUGCAGAGCAAGCUGCAGUUGCUUACGAUUUGGCUGCGAGAUCCAUGAGAGGAUUGAAAGCCAGGACCAACUUUGUGUACCCCACUCACCAGACGUGCUUGCUCUCCGCGGCACUGGCAGCCUCUAGAGCCUCAGAGCAGUCAGAGGGAGAUAAGUUCUUCGGAGGCCUUUGUGGAGCAAAGCAAAGCUGGAAUUUGGAUUGGAACACGGGUCUGAAGUUCGGUGGCGGCCUGAAAGUGCCCACGGAUACGAUAGGGAGGUUCAUGCUUGGGUCACCAGUGGAUACAAUGAUGGACCCUUCUAGCGAGCCCUACAAGCACAUGUAUGAGUCAGUAGAGAGAUUGGCAAGCGCCAUUAGUGAUCCGCGACCACGUCACUCUGCUUCUGAGAAUGGCGAUUUGCUGAAAAGCUCCAGUUGUGAAAAUCUGGCGAACGAAAGAAGGGACCCUUUGAAAAAGAAGCAGUGUGUAGUUCGUGAAGUGCCUCUGUCUAGGCUUUGUCAGAGCUCAGAAAGAAACUCUGGUGGGAGCUCCUCGUUGCAGACUGGACGUGAUUGUGUCACUGUGGCAGUAGCUUCUCCUGAUCAGCAUGCCACUUGCGUCGGUGACUACGCUGCAUCAUGCAACAGAGCGACGGUAUCCUAUGAAUCAACCUUCAGCGAGAGCGGUGGUCCAGUGCGAAGUCCUGGUGGUGGGCACGUCACUUCCGGGGUCUCUUGCGCUUCAAAGUUUCAUGAAGAUGAGGCGGGCACUCUUGCACAAGUGGUUUCAAAGUAUGUGUGCAUUGACAAUGGACUACGCUCCGCGGCUCCCUGUCUUCUUGACAAUAAUCUCGUCGACUCCAACCAGUGCUUCUUAUCAACCCAAGUCCCUUACUCAGAGGACUCGGCAACCUCAUCAGUGUCUCCCUUGGGUGACACUGCAACUUCAUUAGACUCCGCAACUGCUCGUAGCCCCGCACAGCCCCUUCCUACAUCAGUGGAUUCUCAGAUGAUUUUUUGCGGUUCAAGUAACAGUUCCACGUUCAGUCAGAAACCAGACAGUUUACAGAGCAUUUUACCUCCUAGUGCUAGCUCCACGGUGAAUAAUAUGCAUCAGCUGUCGGAAGAUUGGCCUUGCAGCAGUUCAUCUCAAGCUGACAUAAUUCGUCAUCCAAUCCUCGAACAGAAUUCCUGGAACACUGAUCCUUCGGCCGAAAGCUGGAGCAGCUUGUGCGACCUUCCGGAUGCUUGGCAAUACUACACAGAUCCUGGACUUGUUGCCAAUGAAAUGGAGGACGAGUUAAUCUACGUGAAACGUGAUCUUGCCAUGAAAAAUUGCGAGGCAGUGACGACGGGCUGGCAGAGCUUUCUAGACGAUGGGUGUGAUGCGUGCUUUGGAGGGGAUUCCUCUAUCUCAUAUUUGUCUGAUAAUAGUAGUGACGAAUACUUGCGUUAUCCUUACAGAGGAGCACACGAUUCUUUGUUUCAUUCGCUUCACGAUGGGCAUCAGCUCUUCCCCGUCCUUAUCGAGGAGCCAAUGCGUUACAUGGUGUGAUCAUUUUCACUCUGGAGGCCAUUGGUGUCAAUUGCACUACUGAUCCCAGUUUCUGAGACUUCAGCUGGGCUUCCGGCAUCUUACCAUAUUACCGCUAACGUUAGGCUCUUGACCCUGUGUAGCUUCGUAGAUGAAGCUGUUCACGGAUGACUUAGUGUGCACAUAGUAGGCAGUGACAAGAGGAGCUGCUUAUGAUCUUGCCAGUGUACAUGCAUUGUGUAUAGAGAAUCGAAGAGAAACAUUUUUCAUAAACUGAUAGAAUAUGAGAUAAUUCGCUCAUACCAUUUUUCCUUUUCUUGAACUCUAAAUACAAUUUUCUGAAGGUGAAACUGUUUCCCGCUCUUACAUAAAAGUUACCAUUGGAAAUUA